GAAAGAAAUUAACAAAUGUAGAAACAUUGAUUGUCUUGGGCAUACCAACACUGGUGGGCUGUAUGACCCAGCACUUGGUACAUGUGAAUUGUUUGAAAUGUGCUAUACAUGCGGGCUGUCAUGUCAGAACUGUCCAGGACAUAUGGGACACAUAGAACUGGCUCUUCCAUUGUUCAACACUGUCGUGUUUCCUACAUUAUAUCAUCUUCUGAAGGCAGUAUGUUUUAAUUGCCACAGAUUGAGUGUAGGACAGAGUGCAGCUGAAUUAUUACUAGCACAAUGUAAACUUUUAGAUGAAGGCCUUGUUGCAGAGGCUAAAGAACUACAGGGUUUAUUUGCUGAAGUUGACAAAGCAUCGGAGAAACAAGACAAGAUAACAGAGAUCAAAGCAUUUACAGAAAAUGCCUUUAAUGAUAGAAGGAACGGUACAAUUAAAGAAUCUGGAAUAAAAAAUGUAGAAGCUGUGAAACAAGAAAUCUCGAAAAGUUUCAUGAAAACUCAUGUGAAACACAGUAAUAAAUGUGUUUAUUGCUCCACACGGAUGCCGAAACUUCGAAUGGAGUACAAUGCGAAGAUAUUUGUGGUUGGCGAAAGUAUUGGUAGUAAAAAAAAUACCAAGAAUGUUGUUAGUGAUGAUGAAGAUGAGGAUGAUGAAGAUGAUGAUGAUUCGGGAGGUCAGCCCAAAAAGAAGAAACAGAAAUUGCAAACAGUGAAGGAAAUUGGUAGCAAGGCUGUUGAUGUUACACUUCUUACACCGAUUAAUAUUAGAGAAAAUUUAAGAAAGGUGUGGAAGUUAGAAAGUGAGUUGUUAAAACAAAUGUACCCAUCAUUGAUGUCCACAGAUAUGGAAUAUCCAACAGAUAUGUUCUUUGUAGAAGUUGUUGCAGUCCCGCCAACAAAGUUCAGACCAAUUUCCAUGAGAUAUGGGAAGAAGUUUGAGCAUUCCCAGACCUCAAAUUUACUACGUGUAUUGAAGUGUAACUACAUUGUGAGAGAGAUACUAUGGGAGAUGGAGAAAGCCUCUGCCAACACACAGCUUGAAGAACAGGGCAAAUACUCCAGAGACGUUAGUCAGAUUCCAGGAAAAACUUUGGUCGAUAAACUUAGUAAUGCAUUAGCGAAGUUGCAAGCAUACGCUAAUGCAGUUAUUGACAGUGAUCUUGACAAAGUCUCGGAUGAUGUCAAUCCAGGAAUUAAACAGGUGAUUGAGAAAAAGGAAGGUAUAUUCAGGAAAAAUAUGAUGGGAAAACGUGUCAAUUUUGCAGCAAGAUCGGUUAUCUCCCCUGAUCCAAACAUCAACACCUGUGAGAUUGGUAUACCGGAAGUGUUUGCGAAGGUUUUAUCCUAUCCCCAACCUGUCACACCGUGGAAUGUACAUGAACUGAGGCAGGCAGUCAUAAAUGGACCAGAUAUACACCCAGGGGCUACUCAUGUUGUAGAUGAGAAUGGACAUAAAACACGACUGGAUAGUAGAUACCCUGGUAAACGAGAGGCCAUAGCCAAACAGCUGCUCACUCCUACCAUGGUUACAGAAAAAAAUCCAAAUGGAGUGAAAAAGGUUUUUAGGCAUUUAAAGAAUGGGGAUGUGUUGUUGAUCAACAGACAGCCUACCCUACAUAGACCGAGUAUACAGGCACACAAGGCAAGAGUAUUAAAGGGAGAGAAGACAUUACGCUUGCACUAUGCUAACUGUAAAGCGUACAAUGCUGACUUUGACGGCGAUGAAAUGAAUGCUCAUUUCCCACAGAAUGAAAUAGCUAGAUCAGAGGCCUACAUUUUAGCGAUCACAGAUUGGCAGUACCUUGUACCAAAAGAUGGCACACCUUUAGCUGGUCUGAUACAGGAUCACAUGGUGUCCGGUGUCUCACUCACUGUCAGAGGACGAUUCUUUACAAAAGCAGAUUAUUGUAGACUGGUUUAUGGUGCUCUUGUAGACAAAAGUGGACCAAUCAAAAUGCUUCCACCCUCAAUCAUUAAACCAGUCAGAUUGUGGUCGGGAAAACAGGUUUUAUCUACAGUAGUUCUCAACGUGAUACCGCAUGGUCAGCCUGCUUUGUCUUUGGAUGGAAAAGCUAAAGUUCCUGAAAAGAGUUGGGUCAAGGUUCAGAAAGGUAGUUUUGGUGAUGCACUGAAAUACAUGACAGAAAGUGAAGAUGUUAUUAUCAGACAAGGGGAACUACUGUGCGGGGUACUUGAUAAAGGGCAUUAUGGUCCAUCAAACUUUGGAUUGAUCCACUGCUGUUAUGAGUUAUAUGGUGGUGCUAUAGCUGGACUUAUGUUGACAUGUUUUGGACGACUUUUUAUGAACUUUCUUCAGUGGCGAGGAUUUACACUGGGUGUCGAGGAUAUUUUAGUAACAAAACAGGGCGAUAAAAGGAGGAAAAAGCUUAUAAAGAAGUCCCCGACCUGUGGUGAAAUGUCAGCUAAGAAGGCACUGGAGCUUGAGCCGACAUGUGACAAGGAAGAACUACUGAGUGCUCUGAAGAAUGCCCAUUUCAGUAAAGAUGAGAGACGGAUGAGAGAACUGGACAUGAACAUGCGUAACCAGACCAAUACCAUACAGAAUGAUAUUGUCAACGCUUGUAUGCCAAAUGGUUUAGAAAAGUUGUUUCCUGACAACAACCUGCAGCUUAUGGUGCAAUCUGGUGCUAAAGGAUCUAUGGUGAACUGCAUGCAGAUCUCAUGUUUGCUAGGUCAGAUUGAGUUGGAAGGUAAACGUCCACCUCUGAUGCUGAGUGGUAAAACCCUUCCGUCAUUCCUAUCAUAUGAUGUUACACCUCGAGCGGGGGGAUUUGUGACGGGAAGAUUUUUAACGGGUAUACGACAGCAGGAGUAUUUCUUCCAUUGCAUGGCUGGGAGAGAGGGCCUUGUAGACACCGCAGUGAAGACGAGUCGUAGUGGUUAUCUACAGAGAUGUCUAAUCAAACAUCUAGAGGGUAUCAAAGUGAACUAUGACCUUACAGUGAGAGACUGUGACAGCAGUGUUAUACAGUUUAAGUAUGGAGAAGACAGUCUGGAUAUCUCAAAGGUGGGCUUCCUGAUCCCGAAACAGUUCCCUUUCUUAUUGUCUAACAAACAUAUCCUGGAAAACAAACAACAGAAAGUGCCAUUUGAUGAGUCGGAGGAAAAGAGAAUUUCUAAAUUAGAGAAGAAAAUUCAAAAAUGGCAGAAAAAGAAUAACAGAGAUGGUAGACAACUGGUGAGAAGAUCAGGAUUUCUGCAGUUCUGUCAGGAUGUAGGAGAUGACCUUGACAUAACUGAGGACUGUGACACUGCACCUGGAAGGUCAGAUAAAGACUGGCAGCUGUGUACAUUGUGGAAAACCAUAAGCGAAAAACAAAAGAAAAAGUAUGAAAAGAAGUGUGUAAAAUGUCCUGACCCAGUUCUGUCCAAGUUUUUACCCUAUAGUCCGAAUGUAUUGCCAGAAAGACUUGGUGAUAUCAUCAGGAACUAUGCAAAGAAGAACACUGAUGAGGAACAGUUCAGUCAGUUGAUGAAUAUGAAAGUACAACAGUCAGUCAUAGAACCAGGAGAAGCUGUGGGCCUGUUAUGUGCUCAGUCUAUUGGUGAACCUUCCACACAGAUGACUUUGAAUACAUUUCACUUUGCUGGUCGAGGUGAAAUGAACGUGACCCUCGGUAUCCCCCGGUUACGAGAAAUUCUUAUGGUUGGAAGCAAGAACAUAAAGACCCCGGCAUUAGAUAUACCUGUUCUACCAGGUGAUGAUAUUAGAGAGAAAGUUAAACAACUGCAGAGGAGACUAACAAAGGUUAAUCUGAAUGAGGUAAUCCAAAAUAUACAAGUGUGUGAAUGGUUGGCUAUUAAAGGCAAAAUAAGAGCCCAGCGUAGUAGAGUGUUUAGAAUACGAAUGAACUUUCUGCCACGAGAAUGUUACAAGGAAAGAUUUGUUGUUGGACCGAACACGAUCUUGAAGUUUGUAGAGAAGACAUAUAUCAAGAAAAUUGUACAGCUUGUCAGAGCGAAGAUAAAUGCCCAGAAUAAAUUGCUAUCAUCAGGAACUCAGAAACGAAGACUUCAACCUCGUUCUACAGAAGAUUCAGAAUUCUCUAAUGUUGGAGCGAACAUGGAUGAUGAUGAAGAGGAAGCUAUGGAUGCUGACGAUGGUGAUGAAACAGCAAACAAUCAAAAGCAUAAGAAAAUGGAGGAGCAUGAAUACGACGAUGAAGAUGAGAAUUCUAGAGAUUCCUUUGAUAAAGAAGAUGAAGAAGAAGAUGUAGAUAUGGAAGAUGAAGUUCCAGAAACAGAAGAUAUAAAUGAAGAACUGAUUGCGGAGUAUGAAGUGAAAGAUAAAGACCAUCCAGAAGCUAGAAUAAAUGCUGUCCUACAACUUGGAGCAGAAGUUGAACAUUACAGAUAUGAUAUAAAGAAAAAACUGUGGUGUGAGGUCACGAUCAGUUUUCCGUUACAAGACAGUAAGAUUGACUUGCUGGCGUUGUUAGAGUCGGACAUAAAGAAGCAUGUAGUGUAUGAAGUACCGGGAAUAUCACGCUGUAUUCUUGGUGAACAAGAUGGUCCGUAUGGCAAAGAAAUGCAUCUAAAAACUGAAGGAAUUAACAUGCUUGAGCUCUUCAGGAAUGCAGAUAUUCUGGAUAUUAACCGUUUGUAUUGUAACAGUAUACAUGACAUGGCAAUGAUGUAUGGUAUAGAGGCAGCCAGUAGAGUUGUUAUCAAGGAGGUACAAGCAGUGUUUGCAGCUUACGGUAUCAACGUGGAUUACAGACAUUUAUCCCUGUUAGCUGAUUAUAUGACAUUUGAAGGAUCAUAUAAACCUUUCAAUCGUGUUGCCAUGGAAACCAAUCCAUCGCCUUUACAGAAAAUGAGCUUCGAACAGACAAUGAAGUUUUUAGUGGAUUCUAGCGUAAAAUGUCGAACGGACAGUUUGAAAUCACCGUCUGCCCAAAUUGUGCUAGGAAAGAAUGUUUCUUGUGGAACAGGCUGUUUAGAUUUAUUUACACCACUCACUUUUUGAAAUGUGAAUCAUUGUCACCAGCCCGCCUUGGUAACCAUGGUAACCAUUUGUGUUCAAGAAUAAAUUUGAAAUAUA